UCGAUCCCCUAAUCUAGACACUUUCAAAUUCUGAGCUUGUCUUGUGGAUCUUUUCAAGCGUAUUUUGGCGUUGGGUUGGAGUCGGUCUGCUGCUUUACAGAGUUCAUCCCUGGAUCUGGGUGGACAACGCGUUGGAAAUUAACUUAAUUUUUAUUUUUUUAAUCUAGGCCUAUCUGAAAAGCCAGAUUUCAAAAUGCCUCGGUCAUUUCUUGUGAAGAAGUAUUUUUCCAACAAGAAGCCAAAGUACAGCGAGUUGGAGAGCCAGAGUGCAGUUGUCCCAGAAUGCUAUCCUCUGGCUGAACUUCCAACUCAGGACAACGGCUCUGCCCUGACUUGCUAUCCCACCAGCCCACUCUUCAGAAUGGACACCCUGCCUGCACCCCUCUCCCCAAUCACCCCUGUGUCUCCUGCUCUGCCCCCCUCACCGCUGGGACCGCUGGACCUCAGCAGCUCCCCUUCCAGUAGCAGUGGGGAGGAGGAGGAGGAUGGUGGACGUACUUCAGAUCCUCCCAGCCCAGAUGCCAUUCACCACGUGUACCACUGCCUGCACUGCAGCAAGAGCUACAGCAGCCCCUCUGCCCUGGCCCACCACCAGCUGUCCCACUGUUCCCAGGUGGAGCAGACCCUCUCUCUCCCCGGUCAGGUAUCGACACGCCCAGCCUUCCACUGCAAACACUGCCCCAAGGAGUACACCAGCCUGGGGGCCUUGAAGAUGCACAUCCGCUCACACACCCUGCCCUGUGUGUGUCCCACUUGCGGCAAGGCCUUCUCCAGACCCUGGCUGCUCAGGGGACACAUCCGCACACAUACAGGCGAGCGUCCCUUCUCCUGCCAACACUGUAACCGGGCAUUUGCUGACCGCUCCAACCUGCGCGCUCAUCUGCAGACCCACUCAGAAGUGAAGAAGUACCAGUGUGGCUCCUGCUCCCGAACCUUCAGCCGCAUGUCCCUGCUGCACAAACACAACGCUUCUGGGUGCUGCCCUGCCCCAUAGACUCACAUUCCCCUGAUGGCACAGCCAGUUGGUGUUUGCAGAUUCAAUUCCCUUUGGCUAGAGCCACUGACCCAUUUGUGAAUCCACAUUAAAGUGGCUCAGGGUAAGAAUGUACCUGGAGGACAUUUGGGAGGGUGUUUGCCAGCCCAUAUCUAAGCCAUGAGAAGAUGGGAACGUUGGAUUUAUAUUGCUUUUAUAAAAUUACUUUUAACGUGCCUUCAGUUUUUAAGGAAUCAAUGUAAUUGAUUUUAAAUCAAUAUCCACUGCAUAUUUUGGCUGGCCUCUGUUAAGUGUGUGUGUGCGCGCGUCUGUUUGUGUAUGUGUUUAGGGCAGCUGGACAUGUAGUUAAUUCCCAGGAAACUCCAUUGGUGCCGGCCGGUCCGGGACUGUGGCCAUAUUGCAGCUGCUUGUGUGUGUGUAUGUAUGGGGGAUGUCAUUCCUCACCAUACUCUACAUACAUAGAAUGCAUGUAUAUGAGCAGCUGUGUGUGUGUGUGUGUGUGUGUGUGUGUGUGUGUGUGUGUUGAGACAGCUGUCUGUGUAUGGUGUAUGGUGGAGGCAGGGCGCUGAGAGAUGUGUUAGCUCCGACCUCGACGACAGGUGACCCACCCUUCCUCACUUGUCCUCUCUUCACUUCCUCACCCCAAACAUCCUCACCCCACAAAUACUUUGCUACACACAUACACACACACACACACACACCAUAUGUCCUGCACCAAAAAUCGGACCAGAGGUUAGUGUGUACAUGAAUGGACCACUUAAGCUUGACCAAAAAUGGGCCUGCCUUAGCAUUCAAUGAAAUAGUUACUGCCAUUUUAUGACCUGAAGAAACUGUUUGAAUGAUUGGUGCUUUCAUGACUGUUAUUUCACGCUAUGUUUUAGGCAAAUGUUUGAACCACAUAUUUUAUGCAUCGCCUUUUUAAAAGUUGCAACUCAAACAGAUGUUAAUAUGAUUCCUUUGCCAAAGUUGUGCCUUCUUCUGUCACAUGUAAAUAAUAAAGCUUUGUUUUUUUUUAA